GUGUGUAGGGCAAGAAAUCAUAAUUGUGACAAAAUUGUCUUAUGAUGUGAUUGCUGUCUCGUUGUUUUUUGUGUUUCCUGCUCGUAAAAUCCGUUUUUCUUGUGUUUUUCCUUUCGUUUCGCCGCAAUCCGGUCUAAUUGUGCGUGGGCUAUUCGGCGACCCGCCAGCAAUUCGCGAUCCCGGAUGAUAUGUUUUCUAUUGUGUUCGGUUGUUGCUGAUUCGAUAGAAAACACCGAUUGUGCUGGUGUGCUGGUUUAGCGGAGCACAUACAGAGCAAAGGGAAGGAACCGGAAAGGCGUUCCAGCAUAUAUAGGAAUAGGGUGCGAGAUUGUGCGUGUCUCUGUCCAAGCGUAGCUAAGGAAGUGAUCCGAUAAUGGCCCGCGAGUAUGAUCAUUUGUUUAAAUUGCUUAUUAUUGGCGACAGCGGUGUCGGGAAAUCCUCGCUGCUCAUACGGUUCUCCGAUAAUACAUUCUCCGGAAGCUACAUUACCACGAUUGGGGUGGAUUUCAAGAUACGCACAGUUGUGAUCAAUGGCGAACGGGUUAAGCUGCAAAUCUGGGACACGGCCGGACAGGAGCGGUUUAGAACGAUCACCAAUACCUACUACCGGGGUACACACGGCGUCAUCGUGGUGUACGACGUGACCAAUGGCGAAUCGUUCGGUAACGUGAAACGUUGGCUGCAGGAGAUCGAAUCUAACUGUGACAUAGUCAAUAAAGUACUAGUUGGCAACAAAAAUGACGAUCCAACCCGCAAGGUAGUAACCACGGAGGAUGCGGAACGUUUCGCCAACCAGAUGGAGAUCAAACUGUUCGAAACAUCCGCCAAAGAUAACAUCAACGUGGAGGAGAUGUUCCUUGCCAUCACCGAGCAGGUAUUGAGGCACAAAAAACAAACACAGAAGCAACAACAGUCGGAAACGAACAACGAUACAGUACAGCUUAAGAAGGGUACUCACAAAAAGAAGAACAAAUGUUGCUAAUGGAUCCUUCUGACGGGUUGGGAGGCGUUUUUCUUUUUGGCUUAUUUACGCAAUGGCCGUAAUCCCAUCGUGAUCAGCAGCGUGGUCGUUUGCCAAGACGUUUUUUUUUCUCCAUUUCUGUAACAUAAUCAGCUGCAGCUAUCGCCUCAACAAUUGCUGCGUAAAAGUAAAGUAAGCGAACGAAUGACGCUCGUGCUUUUAUCGUAAAUGUGCGUAAUGCCGCAGAGAGCUAGUGAAUGAUUUAGGACCGGUUCCAAAUUUUAAAACCGCAAUCAACGGUGCAUACGCAAACGAAUGGGCCCCUACUGGUGGCAUCCUACAUGAUAUUGAUUGGCCUCGAUAGUAUUGGACGAAGAGACUGGUAGAAGCAAUGCAUAGCAAAUGCGUUCUUAUCGAGCGCAUCGGCUCAUUGGCACGAGCUGAACAUUGUACCAAAAGCGCACCAUUCCACUAGUGACCCGAGCUGUUCGUUUGAUAUGGGUUAUCUGUGGGUCAUUUUGUUUACCCGUGGGUUUAUGUUUUGCAGUAGGAGUGCCCUCGUGUCUUAGAGGCAAACAAACUGAAACCUCCCUUUACCCAUUUCCACCCAAUCCCACCAUGAACAACAAGCUGCUGCGAACCCCAAAAAUCCCUAGAAGCAACACUUCUCAACGUUCUUUCCAGCAAACCUAUAAAAGCCGUAAUAAGUGUAACAGUAAUAAUAAUAAUUAUUAUUAUGAUAAUUGUAAAAUGCUUCUUUAUGAUUUAUCUUGAUCAUACAUAUAUUUAAUGAACAGCCGAGCCGCGAUCGCAACCGCGAUUGAAACAAAUCAAAGCUUAUCGAAACAUUGUAUAAAAAAAAUCCAAAACUAAAC